AUGCUCUCCUCCUUCCGAGGGUGUGCUCUCGACGGUUUGCAAGUCCCCACCUUUCUUCCUUGCUCUUUCUCUCCCGCUUCCCUCCCACCCAACCUUCUUCCGGUCCUUUCUCCCAGCCUCCUCGUUCCCGCCUCCUCGCCCCCGGCUCCUCUCCCCCGCCUCCUCGCCCCUGCCUCCUCUCCCCCGCCUCCUCACCCCCGCCUCCUCUCUCUCGCCACCCCGUCUCCUCCUCGCUUCCUCCCCCCCCCGCCUUCUUUCUUCUCAGCCGUGCUCAAUCACCGCGGGCUUGUGUGGCGCCUCCUUUUGAGACGUCUCAAAAUCCUCCUCUCUAUCGCUGCUCCGCCUCCUCCUCGAUUCCUCCCCCCCCCCCGUCUCGCCCUCGCUUCCUUCCCCCUCGUCUCGCCCUCGCUUCCUCCCCCCUCGUCUCGCCCUCGCUUCCUCCCCCCCCGUCUCGCCCUCGCUUCCUCCUCCCCACCUUCUUUCUCCUCGGCCGUGCUCAAUCACCGCGGGCUUAGCGAACGCACCGCGACGUCGGAUGUGGAGGGAGUGGGGUCGGUCCGUGCCGAAGCUGCUGCUGUUGGGAUGAGCCGUGGGUGGAGGAAAUGGAGGGGACACGUGGCGCGCGAGGAGAGGCCGAUGGGGCAGCGCCGGCAGAUGGGUGAGUCUCUUCGGGGCUACCUUGGCCAGGCUUGA